GCAACUCUUCCUGGGCUGUUUCCUGUUUCAACGUUCUCUGUCACUUCAUCUUGUAGACACAACCUUUAGACACAAUUUUCUUCAUACAUCUGAUUCAGAUGAAGGCGGGGUGACUGUCAUUUCUAUCGCAGUUACAUUCGGUCGCCAUCACUUCUGCAUUUCACACAGAAGCAAAACAUGCCCAACAAUACCGUGCACGACAAUGCAACAGACCUGGAAAUGAACAGAGCUUAUGCUGUGGUGUUUGGAUCUGUUAUUGUGCUGGGUUUGCCUCUCAAUGCUGUGUCACUGUGGAUUCUGCUUCGCCGCCACAGCCUCAAAUCCUCCAGUGCCAUCUUCAUGGUCAACCUGGCGAUCUCGGACCUGCUGCUGGUCAUCUCCUUGCCCAUGAGGGUCUACUUUUACGCCACAGGAAGCUGGCCUCUGAGCAUUAUGGCAUGCAUCUGGAUCACAAUGCUCUUUCUCAACAACAUCCGCUCGAGCUCCAUUUUCAUCACCUUCAUCAGCUUGGAUCGGCUGCUGGCUGUGGUUUAUCCUCUGAGGUCACGCCAUCUGCGAACUCCUUCCAACGCCUGGAAAUCUGUUGCACUUGUUUGGCUGUUUGUGCUUGUGGUGAACAUACCUGAGAGCUUUCACUUUACAAGAAGCAUAAGAGACUCCAACGAAUCUACCUGUUUUGAAUUUCGUGAACCGAAGCUGCUUCAAUCAAAUCUGUCUUACAUUCAGCCUGUGCUAGUGGUCACCCUGCUGGCAGUCAACCUUGUGUCCACUGUUUUGGUGUCUUGCACUCUACACAAACGUCUCAAUGACUCUGCAAAGGUCAACAACAAGGUGAAUGUCAUGCUGAUUUUUGCCAUGAACUUGAUGAUGUUCACUGUGUUUUUCUUGCCUGUGUCUUUGGUUGUUUUUUUUCAAAGUGGGAAACAUUUUUUCACGCUGCUGAUGUGUCUCGCUAGUGUGAACUGUUGUUUGGAUCCACUGUUGUAUUACUUCUCUCUUGAUGGUUUCUGGAAGAGAAAAGAGGAUGCCGACACCUCUGGACAGGCGCCAUUAAAUACUCUUUAAACUGAAUGUAUAUCUCUUUUUUUUGUUGUUGUAUAAAGGAUAUGUGAAAGAAAAACUUUACAAGAUGGA